CAAUGGCAGCAGUUAUUCAAGCUUCUAUCCGCCCCAUCAAGGAACGUUUGCGCCGCUACGUGGGAGAGGUGGAACAAGAGGAUUUCAGCCUAGAUGGGAAUUUGCAAGGCGCUGAACGUCGCAGGCAAUGUAAUCUUUUAAAAGAAAUGAUAAUUACACAUAUAGAAAAAAUAAGUUGUUCGGUAAAUGAGUUAGAGGGCCAAAAUAAAAUUUGGAUGAAUUGGUUAGGUGAUAUGGAAGACGAGCAAUAUCAAAGAGCAGCUAGAAAUUUUACGGAAUUUUCGGAAGGUCCAGAAGGCCAUAUGAUUUUAAUGGAAAGAGCCCGGGAACGAUUAAUACAUCUAAGGGAAAACUUAAGAAUUUUAAAUGAUUUUUGUCCAUCCGAAAAUGCGAACAUUACUAUAAGGAAUCAGGGAAAUCUAAAUCAAACAAUGGUUGAGUCAAAUUUACCUACUCUCGAAUUGCCAAAAUUUAAUGGGGAUAUAAGUAACUGGGAGGCAUUUUAUGAAGAUUUCAUGAGUAUGAUAGAUGAAAAACAAAUUUCGGAUAAGAUGAAACAUUCCUAUUUACGAAAAGCACUGAGAGGGGAAGCUGAGGAAUUAGUUCAGGGCUACGCGAUUACGGCACUCAAUUAUAGAUUAGUUUUAGAGGUUUUAAAGGACCAUUACGGUAAUAAAAAUAUAACAAAAAGUGCGUUACACGGGGCAUUAAUAAAAAUCCCGAGAAGCAGCAAAUACGUCCCCGAGGUAAAAAAUACUUUAAGAAAAAUUGAGUGUAUCCUUAGGCAACUUAAGCAAUUAGGGGAAGAUAUUGAGCACGAACAAAUAAAACAAUUAAUACAAAGAAAAAUGCCUAAAUGGAUUUUAAAAGAGAUAGUAAAAAGAACUAGGGCCGAUCCUGAAUGGAAAGUUGAGGCUAUGUUAAAAUUUUUAGAUGAAAUGAUUCAAUUAGAACAGCACGUAUAUUUGGCCCAAAAAGACUUAGAUGAGAUAGAUGAGAAUUUAAAAGGGCGUUUUAAUGAAAAUAGAAAAAUAAAUUCAGGCCGAUUUCAACGUAAUGGCAAUGCGAAUAUAAGCCGAAAUAAUUAUAAUACAGGGUCAAAACAAAUUUCUUCGGUAAUGUAUGCCCUCCAAGAAAAAGAAACUAAGAAAAAAUGUAUAUUUUGUUCUGAGGCUCAUUGGGAAUCAAGAUGCGAAAAAUUUUCAACAAAAGAACAAAGGGCCGAAAAAUGUCACGAAUUAGGAAUUUGUUUUAAAUGCUUAGAAUCGGGACAUCUUUCAAAAAAUUGUAGGGCAAAAAUAAAUUGUUUUUUCUGUAAAAAGCCCGGCCAUAACACAGCAUUUUGUCAGAAAAUAAAUAAAAAUAAUAUAGUCAAAAGAAAUGUCCCCAAUCAAUACACACAGAAAUACAAUUCAGCUAAAACCGAAAUAAAUAAACAAGUGUGCGUUGGAAUAGAAAAAGAGACCAAAGAAGAAGGAAUUGAAAAUAAACAGUUUAAUAGCCUAAUAGAGCCAGAUUUUGAUAAAACACUAGAAAUAAUGCUUCCAACCACACAAGCAAUAAUAAGUCACCCCUCGCAUCCUGAAAGGUAUGAAAACAUUCCAAUCUUCUUAGAUUCUGGGUGUCACAUUUCGUUAAUAGAAAAUGAGAUAGCAGAAAAUUUAGGACUAAUUCCGGUUAAGACACAAAUUUUUAGAGGAAAUGGUAUAUUUGGAUGUAAAGUAAACAGAACCAUGCCUAUUUACCCGAGGGGCAGAUAAUGUUACCACAAGAAUGUGCAUUCAAACAAAAAGGGCCAUUGAAGAAGCAAUAAGUAAAAAAUACGUUCCGAAAAACUCUCUUUUUGUUGAAAAACCAGGUAUUUUAUUAGGCUCUGACUACUUUGGAAAAAUCUUUUUGGCUGAAAAUACUGAAGCAGGCUUUGGAAUAUUUAAUACAAAAUUGGGAAAAAUUUUAUCCGGACCUGGAAAAUUAAUUGAUGAAAAAAUGCAAAAAGUAAUUGGAGCGCUUUCUAAAGAAAAUGA